AUGUCUGCGUGGCCUCUUCCCAGGAUCAAUCCCAAUAGUCCAGCCAUCAAGCACUUCCUCGACAUCAUCUACGAUGUGGAUCCAAACCAGGUCAAUGUGGACAACCUCAAGGCCAUCAUCCGGGAUCAGGCUUGGAGUGAACUUCCUGACGUCAUGCAGAUGGCUAGCAGGCCCACCUUUGACUAUGUGAGCCAGUACUUUCUGCUUCCACAGGUGGAUGAAAAGGUCUGUCUCAUCAAGCAUUUCUACAUCAAGGAUGACAAAAUCAAGGGACAAUAUGUCGCACGCUUGGUGAAGGGCCAGGGCUUUGAGAUCUCAUGGCAAGGGGUCAACAAGCACAAGGCAAGGAGGGGAUUCCAAUACAUGCUGGAGCAGCUCGGUGGCAAUCAAUUCCGACGUUUCUCUUUGAGUGCUGAAAAGCGCAAAGUCAUUGCAGGCCGUCCCCCUGCAAAUGAAGAGGAUCAGGAUGCCGGGUGGGAUUUCAUCAUCCAACAUGGAGAACGUGACAAGGGCAACCUCAAGCAACUCCGCUGGAUCCACCGCAACAUCAACCGCGAUGGUAGUCCUAUCCAUGGAUGGAAUGAAAAGCUCGUUCAAAGGGCUUUGGACUCUUUGGCCAAUGAUGGCACCAUGGCGGCUGUCAUCUCCCGGUACGACCUCACUAUUGAUGCCCUUGAGCCCGAUGUCCUUGAGAUCAUUGAGAAAGUUGUUCCUCACCUUCGUGGCCAUGCUCUCUGGCUUCUUGGAGAACCCGGUGUUGGGAAGACCCCCCUGGGUCGAAUGCUUGCCAUGAUGUUUUCGCGCUUUCAUGGAGGGACUGGCACCUUCAGAUCAGCCAGUGACUUCGAUUUCUUUAGGGGCGUCUUCUUUGACAAGACCUGCCCUGCUCUCUAUGAUGAUGGAGAGAUCGGGGGGGAGUUGAUCAAGAAGAAGAAAGCCUUCAGCGAUGUUGGCGACCAGGAGACUAUCCUCAAGGAAAGAUGGACUGCCGCCAAAUUUGUGCAACAUCAAAUGAGAAUCGUGCUUGACAACCAGUAUGAUCCAGCCGAUGAGCCCCCAGAGGUUGCGUUGGAAGAUUUCAUCUCGCAUACUGCCUUCAUGAAGUUGGUGAAGCCUGCUUUGGGCUACAUUGCUGCUGCAGAUGCCAGAGCCAUCCUCAAACGUGCAGUCUUCAUGGUCUUCACCAAAGAAUUCAUCUACUACCGUUUCCCCACGGAGAAGGAAGUUGAUGUGAAGCGUCUGAAGUGGCCUCGUGGUGAUCUCCUGAAAGACUCCUGCAAGCACAUCAUUGGCAACAUGAAGGCAGGAGGUCCCAUGCCUGAUGACUAUGAAGAUCGAGUCGCUUGGGAAAGUGAAUGGCUCAAGGAAGCUUUCCGCAAGCAUGACCAUCCUCAAGCAGAAGCACCUCCUGCACCACAAUCCUCUACACCAAUGCUUGAUGCGUUGCUCCGUGCUGAUGGUGCUGUGCCGGCUGCUACUUUCAAGCCUGUCCCUGUGAAGCAAGAGUUUCCUGGAGAACGUUUUCGCCAUCUUCGCUCUGCUUCUGUGUUCAUCAAUCUCAGUGACACACCUCCCCGUUCCUCUGGAGGUGCUUCAUCCCAGCAAGAUGAGAUCUCUCUUCCUGCAGUUGGAGAAGCUCCUGAUGAAGGUGAACUUGAAGCAGACAACAGCGGUGGUGCUUCCUACAACGACGCUUGCUUGAUUGUGUCCUUGCAGAAUCUUGGCUUGCCUGUCUCUUGCCCUUCCCAUGGUCCCUUCUCAGUCUCGUUUGGGAAUACUCUUCUCUUGCCUUUGGGAGUACAAAUGUGCAAUUUGAUCCGUCCAAAGUCUUUGGCAGAUGGCAACUACAUUGUCCAUGACAAGUCGCAUGCCCACUUCUUUGCACUGCAAGUUCGAGAAGGUUUGAUUCUCAAGCAAGAUGGAGACCACACAUCACGUUUGUCUCUGAGCACAGUGAUGAAUAUGUUGACCUCCGAUGUGUAUACCUUCUACAUCUUUCAGAGACAGUCUCACGCGGCAUCGCUCUCAGUAGAUGCAGUGGGAGGAGCCAUCGUGAAGAAAUUCACAGGUUCCCUUGAGCAUUGUCUCUGCUUUGGUUGUUCUGGAACUCUUGGUCAUCAUCGAGAUGUUGAUGCAGUCCUCUACACCUUGGAUGGGCCUAUCAACAUAAUCCAUGAACAGAAACAAUGCUCAGCCAGAAAUUGCAGGACAUGCUAUGGCUACAACUACCGCUGGGAAAAUGGCAAGAAGAUCAACACAGUAGCUCUUGCCGAUUUGACUGAUGAUGUGCUCUUCAUCAAUUCCAAGAAGGCCUUCUCUGUCAAGUACUUGAAGUAUCACGAGGAGCUUUUCUUUCGUGGUCAUUUGUCCAGUGCUGCAGUCUCUCAUGCAUAUCAUACCGUUCAUGAAGAUGCUGAUGCGCAUAUCUUGUCUCAUUUCCACAAGCUUCACGGCAAUGCCAUCUUCUAUUUCAUGGCUAUUCGAGAGCUAGAGGCUUUGGACGUGCACCAGUCCAUUGUCAUCGAUGAUGAGUUGAAUGAUGCCCACCUCGAGCUAUAUGAAUCUUAUUGUCUCAGCUCUUUGCUUCCACCAGCAGAUCGCCGCAAAGUCACUUCCCUUGUCAUUGACGGUCAUCAGAAGGUCAAGAUGCAGUGUGCCGAAGCCCCCUCCAAGCGUGCAGGGCGUCCACGCAAAUCUGAGACAACCGUUGGAAAUUACACAAACGGUUGGAUGAUGGCCUGCGACCCCACCUCUGGGCGCAUACUUGGAUUGCAGAGCAUGUUUGAGCCUGAAGACAACCAAGUUGCUUCUGACACACUGGAGAAGAUCUUAUGGCUGUAUCCAAAGGCAGAUUGCUUGAUCUAUGAUCGUGCUUGUGCCUUCCAGUCCUUUGCCAAUGCCAAUGCCAACUUGGAGCAGAUCAAAUUCUUCUCUGUUGAUGCAUUCCAUGCGCAUUCUCAUUCCAAGACGUGGUAUCGUCGCAAAUUGAAGCUUCGCAUUGGGAAGAUCAACACCAACAUCUGCGAACAGGUGUUUUCUUGGGUUCGCAACUUCGCACCCAUUCUCAACGAAAUGCGGCCCAACAGGCAUAGAUUUUGCUUACUCUCCUUGGCUCGUCGCCACAACAUCAGCAUCAGCAAGGGAGAAACCAACUACUUGCAUCCCACACGCAGGAACAUGAACAAAAAGAUCAAACCGUAUGGCUGCCACAAAAAGAAUGUCAAGGGCAAAUUCAUCAUGAAAAUGAUGAAGAACAAGAUCAUGAAAAUCAUGAAGAAGCCUGCCCAGAAGUCUAUGAAGUGA